GUGCAGCUUUACCGGCCUCAAAGGAAGUUUGAGAGCAAUUAAGGUCUUGAGGAUGAGUCAUACGCUUCGAGUGGCCACCAAUCUCUUUCAGAGCAGACUUAUGCUGCAUUUACUGCCGUACAUCCAACUAGAUCUGAGUCAUCAGAAUCUUCACCAGAGUCAUAACUCUCUGUUGAUUCUCCGUUGAUGGGACUCGCGGUUACUUGGAAAGGGAAAUUUUUCAAUGUGGCUCCUGAAUUGAAUAAAGAUUUUUACCGGUGUAAGAAUCAAAUCACUGUUUAGUCCUUUGUGUCAAGUACACCAAAGCCGCUGUGAUCACUGUAUACUGAGUUUCCCUGAAGCGUCACUCAUGCUGUUUUUAUCAACAUUGGGGAGUACAUCUAUGCUCAAGAUGGAGCUCUUGCUAACUCUCGCACAAAAAGUUGGAGUGUCUGUCUUUUCCCUCGUUGACCUAUCACUCAUUGUCACAACAUUUCUUAGUGAGAACUUCAGCUUCUAUGCCUGAACGACGCCACACUCCAUCUGCCUCGCCUGCUGAGAAGAAGUCCAGAAAAUCCUCAAAGAAAGUUCGCCCUACUGCUGUGGAAGUCUCUCCUGUUCCCGUCACCACAGAUCUGGACCCCGUCUCUACUCUGGUGGCUUCACCUUCACCAAGUCUCAAGACAAGUGAUGUGCCUGACCCUGUCGACACCGACAUGGCUGAUCUUGACGGUGAUAGCCUCUCUGCAACCCCACAAGAUGAUCUGCCCUCAGAUCCAGAGGUUGCCCCCCGCAAUGUUGAGUUUCCUUUUCAACUCCACCGCUCUAAUCGAAAACACGAAGGCCCAUCUGUCUCCACUCCUGCCUCCGUGUCUAAAGGUCAACAAUCCUCUUCUUCUGAGCCUAUUUCUGAGGAUGACCCUUUGCGUUCUGAAUCCUCUGAUUCAUCUGUGGGCUCUCAACUCUCUGCUGGUAACUGUUUCUCAAACAUUUUUUAUUCCGCUCUUGCUAAAGAAAAUUGGGAUAGUAUGAGUAAGCGGGCGUGCUCUUCUGAGCGUGUUUUGUCUAGGGUUGUGUUAGCUUUGUCUGGGAUUUUCCGCCUUCUUAAAUCUCAAGGGUUGUUGGGCACUAUUGUGAGUGCACAACCUUUCGCAAGGCAUUUCCAAUUGGUUUCCCACUACUCACAAUGCUAUUCUCAAUCCCACCCAAGCUGAGUUCUUAUGGUGCAUCACUCACGACCUCAAGAUCAAUAUUGGUAAACUGAUUUUCAAUCAGAUUGGUGCGUUAGCCA